AGUUGAUAUAAGGCGACCGCGCGAGUGACACGUACGUUCAAUAGUGAUAAGAGUGAUAUAAAUUAUCGACAUGGCGGUGACAACGUUAAAAGAGGGUAACGACAUCACGUUCAGUGAUAUGGUGGAUGAAAUGGAUUUUGGAGAGUCGGAAAUAGAGAAAGCAUUUUCCGGCGCGACCGUUCUGCUGACGGGAGGCACGGGAUUUCUGGGGAAGCUUCUCAUAGAAAAACUUCUGAGGUCAUGUCCAGGUAUUAAGAAGAUGUUCCUCCUAGCUAGACCUAAAAAGAACAAAGACCCCACGAAGCGAUUGCAAGAGCAGUUUGAUGAAGUUCUUUACGACAAGCUAAGGAAGAUACAGCCCGACUUCAUAGACAAAAUUCAACUCGUUGAGGGUGACAUCAGCCACGCAAGUCUAGGCAUAAGCGAGCAGGACAGACAGAUGAUUUCUGAUGAGGUCGAUUUCAUAUUCCACGGCGCAGCGACAGUGCGCUUCGACGAAUCGCUUAAAACGGCAGUAGCGAUAAAUGUACGCGGAUCCCGGGAGAUGCUGACACUUGCGAGAUCGUGUACCAAGCUGAGAUCAUAUGUGCAUAUAUCCACAGCUUACAGUAACUGCACACAAAACGAGAUAGAAGAGAAGUUCUAUGAGAGUCCGCUAGAUGGCGACAAGUUGAUUGACCUCGUCGAAAACAUGGACGAGAAUAUUAUAAAAAACAUCACGCCCGGGCUAUUAGGUGACUUCCCUAACACAUAUGCGUACACAAAAGCAGUGGCCGAAGACAUCGUACGGAAACACUCCGUAGGUCUACCUGUAGCUCUGUUCAGACCGUCCAUAGUCAUUGCAACCGCCGAAGAGCCAGUGGCGGGCUGGAUUGACAAUGUGUAUGGACCGACUGGAGUGGUGGUGGGCGCCGCGGUGGGGCUGCUCCGCGUCAUCAACUGCGACCUGUGCGCCGCGGCGGACCUGGUGCCUGGGGACAUGGUGGUGCGCGCGUGCGUCGCGGUGGCGUGGCGCGCGGCGUGCGGCGGCGCCGGCCUCGCCAACAGCGAGCACGCGCCCGCCGACGUGCCGCCCCCCGUCUAUAACUACGUAUCGGCACCUGACAACCCGCUGACGUGGCAUCAGUACAUGAAACUGAACGAGAUCCAAGGUCUGAAAGUGCCUCCAACACAGGCCAUAUGGUGCUACCUGCUGGUGCUGACGCAGACAGACAUGGCCUACGCGAUAUAUUCCUUCUUUUUGCACUGGGUCCCCGCGUACAUCAUUGAUGCGAUCGCUGUUGUGAUUGGAAAGAAGCCUAUGUUGAAGAAGGCAUACAGAAAAAUCGAGAAGUUCUCAACCGUCAUCAGCUACUUCUCGUGCCGCCAGUGGAAGUUCAGCAACCAGAACGUGCAGAACCUCUACAAGGAGCUGUGCAAGGCAGACAGACACAAUUUCAACUUCAACAUGUCGGAAUUAGACUGGGAUAUGUACUUCCACAACCACGUGAGGGGCAUACGGCUGUAUCUAUUGAAGGAUCCUCUGGACACUGUGCCACAGGGUCUGCGGAAGCAGAAUAUGUUGAAAGUAGCCAAUUACCUCCUGAUCGCUAUCCUUGGGUUUGUGUUUGUCCGACUGAUGUGGUGGAUCACGAAGCUCGUUAUAGGUUUUUAAUCUGGGACAGUUUGAGGCCCUAUUUUAGGAGCCCGAUGAUUUUUUAUAAGUAUUGUAGAAUACACACUAUGUAAAUGCAGGUUGAUAUUGUUAUUUUGUAAAAAUUUUCUAUUUUCUUGCAGUUAUGGCUUAAGUUAUUUAUGUGUAUUUAAAGGUAUUUAUUUUAUUGUAUAGGUAAAUUUCGAAUUUUCUAUCAUGUGUUCAAUAGAAAUUCUCUCUGCUUAAAAGCGUGUGUAUAUUUUAAAAUAAAAUGUAUUUACAGUUACAUCUCUGACCUGAUAUAUUAAGGGAGACAAUGUCUUAAUUCAACAAACACAUAAAAUAAUAUCUCGACAUCAUUCUAUCUCUUUCUUUUCUUUUAAAUAUUGUGAGAUGGCAUUAAAUUAUAAAUUUUGAGUGCGCAUUAGACAUUGAAAAAUCAACUCUAAAACCAUAGCAAUAAAUAUGAAUUUAAUAACCAGGAUGUUAAAAGGUCAGUGAUACUUAGAUUAAGGUGUAGGCAUUUUAUAUGAAGGUUGUGCAAAAGACUUAACAUAGUUUUUUAUUAUUUGGAUAUAAGAAUCAUUGAAAACUGUAAAGUUUGUUUGUUUGGACGUGCUGUUAUCCAGAACUAUAAAAUUCAUUUUAAACUAGCUUUUGUCCGCGUUAAAUUCAGAGCAGAUAAAUAGAUGUUCUAUACAGGUUAAACUUCUCAUGAAUCACUCUCUCACAAUCCGUUGUGUAGAUUUAAAAAUCAAAGCAAACAUGCAUACAUUGGGACUGACGCGGGAAAUGUCUGCUAUUAUUAUUUCUUCUAAUAUAUAAAAUUCUCGUGUCACACUUUUCGUUGCCAUACUCCUCCGAAACGGUUUGACCGAUUUUGAUGAAAUUUUUUGUGCUUAUCCGGUAUCUAUGAGAAUCGGCCAACAUCUAUUUUUCAUACUCCUAAAUGAUAAGAGUAAGGCAGAGCAGCGUUUGCCGGGUGCAGCUAAUAGUGAUAUAUAAUGAUUGGUGCUUCAGUUGUUAAUAAAAGAUUAGAAAUUUGGGUUAUUUAAAUUGUUCAUAUAAUUAUUAACCGACGUUACCCAAAAACUGAGGAGGUUCUCAAUUUGAUUGUAUUUUUCUAAUCUUUAUACUCGAUAACUCCGUGGACGUGAUUAUUUUUAUGUUUGAUAAGGAAUAGUUGUUAUUGAAUAUUUAUGGAACCUCUCUCCCCAGGGACAUCGGUUAUUUGAAAGCAAUAAUUAUUAGAACAAUACGAUAUUAACAAGUAAUAUAACAUAUUUUGUAUAAAACAAUUCGAUACGUAUCAAAUUUGGCAAUAUAGAAUUUGCCUUAUUUGGACCUAGGGCCGGACACAAACCUUAGGCUUAAUUCAUAACAAAUCUUUAUUGUGAUAAUUUUUGCUCAGUAGUUUAUAAGGUGUAUUUAAAUUAAGUAUUUUAAUUGCCAUUCUAUUGUAAUAAAGAUGAUUAUUAAUAA